CCUCUCGCGCGCACAGAAGGAGAAAGCGGGCUCUUCGUUUUCUUUUGCCCGAAUCCUUGUCACGUGAUACUCUCACUCACUCACUCUCUCUUUCUCUCUCCCUAUGCGCGCGGGAGGGACGUGCUUACGUCACCGCGCCUCUUCCCAUCGCUCCUCGCAGCCGGAAGGAAGUCCUUGGUGCCUAGUGACUGUGCAAAGAUGAACACCAGAGGUCUUGGAUCUCAGCUAAAGGAUACUAUUCCAAUUGCUGACUUUUCAGCAGGAGAAGCAUUUGAAAGCCAUGGUGUGAUACAUAGAGGCUUUGCAAAUGUGAAGAAUGAACUUUUUCCUUCUCAUCCUUUGGAGCUAUCAGAGAAAAAUUUUACAUUAAGUCAAGAAAAAAUGAACUUUUCUACUCUGAGAAAUAUUCAAGGACUGCAUGCACCACUUAAGCUGCAAAUGGAAUUCAAAGCAGUGAAACAGGCCCAGCGUCUCCCUUUCCUUCAUAGCUCUAACCUGUCACUGGAUAUUUUGAAAGGCAACUAUGACUGCAUUGGAUUUGAGGAUAUUCUGAAUGAUCCAGAACAAAAUGAAAUAAUGGGAGAGCCUCAUCUGAUGACUGAACGCAAACUUGGUUUAUUAUAACAUACAGUCCAGCAUUAUGUUCACAAAAUAUUCUGUUAACUAUAGAUGUUUCCCUUCAGAUUGAAGUAAACCAUAUUAAGUGGUAGUUCUGCUUGUUUGAUAAAACCAUUUAUCACCUACCUGGAUUAAAAUGGCACAUUAAAUGCUUGAAAUAUA